AUGUGGAACGAGUCUUGCGGGGAAGAGUUGCAGGAAUUCAGGCGCCCGGAGAAGAUCAUUAUUGGGGUGUUGCUGGCAAUGAUUACGGCUGUCACGGUGAUGGGGAACACGCUGGUAGUGAUCGCCGUGUGCGUGGUGAAGAAGCUGAGGCAACCUUCUAACUAUCUCCUGGUGUCUUUGGCGGUGGCAGACCUGUCCGUGGCAAUAGUUGUGAUGCCCUUUGUCAUAGUCACAGAUCUCACCGGGGGAAAGUGGCUCUUUGGAGAGGUCUUCUGCAAUAUCUUCAUCGCCAUGGAUGUAAUGUGCUGCACCGCCUCCAUCAUGACUCUCUGUGUCAUCAGCGUUGACAGGUAA